AUGGCAGCACCAAAGGCAGUAGCCCCAUCCAAUGCCACUUUCAAGAACAAAGAAAAACCUCAAGAGGUUAGAAAAUCAAAUAUAUUAGCUGCCAGAGCAGUUGCAGAUGCCAUUAGAACUUCAUUAGGUCCAAAAGGUAUGGAUAAGAUGAUCAAGACCGGUAAAGGUGAAAUCAUCAUUUCCAACGAUGGUCACACAAUUCUUCAACAUAUGGCGGUUCUUCAUCCAGCUGCUCGUAUGUUGGUUGAUGUUUCCGGUGCUCAAGAUGUUGAAGCUGGUGAUGGUACAACUUCUGUUGUUAUCUUAACUGGUGCUUUAUUAGGUGCUGCUGAAAAAUUAUUACAAAAAGGUAUUCAUCCAACAAUCAUUGCUGAAUCAUUCCAAAGAGCUGCUGCUAGAUCAGUAGAAAUCUUAUUAGAUAUGUCAACAAAAAUUUCUUUAGAUGAUCGUGAAGCUUUAAUUCGUGCAGCUUCAACUUCAUUAAGUUCCAAAAUUGUUAGUCAACAUAGUCAUUUAUUAGGUCCAUUGGCUGUUGAUUCAGUUUUGAAAAUUACAAAUACAGAAUCAAAUAAUGUUGAUUUAAAUGAUAUCAGACUUAUAAAGAAAGUUGGUGGUACUAUUGAUGAUACUGAAUUAGUUGAUGGUGUUGUAUUAACUCAAAAUGUUGUUAAAAAUGCAGGUGGUCCAACAAGAAUUGAAAAAGCUAAGAUUGGCUUAAUUCAAUUUCAAUUAUCUCCACCAAAACCAGAUAUGGAAAAUAACGUUGUUGUUAAUGAUUAUAGACAAAUGGAUAAAAUUUUGAAAGAAGAAAGAGCAUAUUUAUUAAAUAUUUGUAAAAAAGUCAAGAAAGCUAAAUGUAAUGUUUUAUUAAUUCAAAAAUCAAUUUUAAGAGAUGCUGUUAAUGAUUUAUCUUUACAUUUCUUAUCAAAAUUAGGUAUAUUAGUUAUUAAAGAUGUGGAGCGUGAUGAAAUUGAAUUUUUAAGUAAAAGUUUAGCAUGUAAACCAAUUUCAGAUGUUGAAUUAUUUACUGAAGAUAGAUUAGGUACAGCAGAUUUAGUUGAAGAAACUGAAUCUUCAGGUUCUAAAAUUGUUAAAAUAAGUGGUGUUAAAAAUGUUACAAAUCCAACUGUUUCAGUUAUUUGUCGUGGUGCUAAUAAUUUAGUCUUGGAUGAAACUGAACGUUCAUUACAUGAUGCAUUAUGUGUUAUCCGUUGUUUAGUUAAAGAAAAAGCUUUAAUUGCAGGUGGUGGUGCCCCAGAAAUUGAAGUUUCAAGAACUCUAAUGAAAGAAGCAAGAUCAUUAUCAGGUACUGAAGCUUUCAUUUGGAAUGAAUAUGCUGAAGCUUUAGAAGUUAUUCCAACAACAUUAGCUGAAAAUGCUGGUUUGAAUAGUAUUAAUGUUGUUACAGAUUUACGUAAUAGACAUGAAAGAGGUGAACGUAAUGCAGGUAUCUCAGUUCGUCGUUCAGCUACUACAAAUACUUAUGAUGAACAUGUUUUACAACCAGUACUUGUUAGUACAAGUGCUAUUACAUUAGCUUCAGAAACUGUUAAAUCCAUCUUACGUAUUGAUGAUAUUACAUUUAGUCGAUAA